CUCCUGCCGCGGCGGGCCCGCCGCGCCCUGCCCGCUGAAGGGAAGGCGGUGCUAGUAACAGGCUGUGACAAAGGUUUUGGACAUGCCUUGGCAAAACAGCUUCACGCAAAUGGAUUUACUGUUUUUGCUGGAUGCUUGCUUGUGGAUGAGAAUGGAGACGGAGCCAGGGAGCUGAAGAACAUGAAGUCAGAUCGCAUGAAAGUGCUACAGAUGGAUGUGUGCAGUGACCAGGAGGUGGCUCAGGCCGUGGAUUUUGUGAAGAGGACCCUGAAGGAGCCAGAGGAAGGUCUGUGGGGCCUGGUGAACAAUGCUGGCGUCUCGACCUUUGGAGAGGUGGAAUUUGCAAGUUUAGAUGACUACAAAAAGGUGGCAGAGAUCAACCUGUGGGGCACCGUGAGGGUGACAAAGGCUUUCCUUCCCCUCAUUCGCAGAGCUAAAGGCCGUGUGGUGAAUGUCACAAGCAUGUUGGGACGGAUGGCGAGUCCAUCUCGCUCCUGCUAUUGCAUUUCCAAAUUUGGGGUGGCAGCCUUCUCCGACUGCCUCCGGCAGGAGAUGUACCGCUGGGGUGUCAGAGUCAUCCUCAUUGAGCCCAGUAACUUCGUGGCAGCAACAGGCAUCCUGACGGCAGACGGCAUCGACAAACAGGCUGACGCACUGUGGAGCAGAGCCAGCGACACUGUGCGGGAGGACUAUGGGAGGGAGUAUUUCACUCGCCACGUGGCCCUGAUGAAGUCCUUUGUUAACAGUGGCCUGAAGGACAUGUCUCUGGUCUUGAAUGACAUCACCGAUGCGCUCACUUCCCCAUGCCCAAACAACCGUUACAAUCCCAUGGAGACGUACUGGUGGGUGAGGCUGCAAGUCAUGACUCACCUGCCCACUGCCAUUGCCGACUGGCUCUACAUCCCCGGAGCCACCCUGUAAAUGGCAGUCCUUCAGGCAUCCUUCCAGUGGUCGCCUGUAAAUGGCCGUCCUUCAGGCAUCCUUCCCGUGCUCAUACGUACACACAGGUUAGAGCUGACUUAGUCAGGACUGUCUGCACCAUUGCUGAUGCAUCUCCCCUGUAGAUGCAUGUGCUUUCACUUUGGGUUAUGGCUUCAAGUCUUGUGUUCUGGGAUGCUGAGAACAGCAUGGCGCUUUUGUUUUUUUUCCUAAUUCUUGCUCUUUGUAUUCCCUGCUGUCCUGAUUAAAGUUGAAAGGUGUUUUCCUUUUAACUGUGGAGGAGGCAGAGGAAGGUUAACAUAAUGGGUCAAAUAUGUGGCUAGUGUAAUUAGGUCAGCAGAGUUCCCCCAGUGAUAAAUUUGGCUCAUUAAUGGGCUCUUGCUUUUCCUUACAAGGACAGGCUGCUAA